AUGCUCACACGCCGUGUUUGUGCCAGUGUGCGCGGCAUCCUCUCCCCGCCGUGUGCCACCGCCGUCCGCUCUCAGGCCUUCAGUGCUGGCGCUCCAACACAGAGCCCGGCUAGAGCUCCUACCCUCGCCGACAUCACACCCGAUAGUGCUGCCAGCUUCAACGAGAAGCAGAAGAGCUUCCGCGACGGUCUGGUAGCUGCUCAGAAGCGAAAGGAACAGGAAGAGAAAGAUGCCCGCGCCCGUGAGCAAGAAAACGGCAAGAAGAAGGGCGGUGCGCUAUCAUCUCUCAUCUACGGCACGCCCGAGGGCCGCGAACUCGACAAGGACAUUGAGCGCAGCUUUUCUCAGGUCUUAGCUCGCGGCAAAUACGUCCACUCCAUUGUAUUCCACGAGGUACUGCAAGACAAGGUCGAAGAGUACACCGAGUUGGUUGGAAGCUGGUACCCAAAGAUGGCGUCCAUUCCCGAGAACAAGGUCCAUCUUGUAGGUAGCUGGAGGACUGAAGUGGGAGAUUGCAACACCUUUGUACAUAUCUGGGAGUACCAACGCUACGAGGGUUACCACGAAUCGCUACACAACAUCCAAUCCCAUCCAGAGUUCCCUGCGUUCGAUGCCAAACUCAAGACCUUGAUCAAAUCCAAGCACAACUCCCUAAUGCAAGAGUUCUCCUUCUGGCCUACGACACCCCCACGCCAGCUCGGUGGCUUGUUCGAAUUGCGCUCGUACACACUACAUCCUGGCAAUUUGCUCGAGUGGGAGACACAUUGGCGACGUGGCUUGAAGGCCAGGCGGGAAGUCAUGGAGGGUGUGGGUGCUUGGUUCGUCCAAAUCGGUGAUCUGAACACAGUACACCAUCUGUGGCAAUUCGCCAACCUGGAGGAACGCAAGGUCCGUCGUGAACAGAGCUGGAGUGUGGAAGGCUGGGGCGAGACAGUGCACAAGACCGUGCCGCUCAUCCAGACCAUGAGGAGCAGGAUCUUGAUUCCUUGCUCCUGGAGCACUGUUGCAUAA